CGGGGAUUUAAAAGGGCGCGAAUCUCGCGCUGCGUGCUCGUGUUCCGGUUCGUGCUGGAGCUGCGGGGUUUCCGUAGAAACCGCCGUUCGCCUUUUCGCUUUCUGUUUUUAAAGAUCCGCCGCAGCGCAGAUAACUUCCAAGGGAUAUCCUGUCUGUCGUUGAAGGUUUCCCAGUAAAAACAUGAGUGAUUCGGGCAAGGACACAGUGGCUCCUAAAGAGAAAGAUGGAGCAGAGAAGAGAGGACGUGGAAGACCACGAAAAAACCCACAGCAGGAACCGAGUGGAUCUCCAACACCGAAGAGACCUAGAGGAAGACCAAAGGGCAGCAAAAACAAGCCAAGUGGCGCUGCAAGCAAGGGCAAAAAAGCUGCAGCAGCUUCGGCACCUGCAGGGACUAAACGCCGUGGAAGACCCAAGAAAGUGGAGAAGGAGCAGCCAUCUAAGUCCUCUGAGGAAGAGGAGGAGGAGGAAGAUGAACAGUAACUAGCAACUUGUGCUACCUCACAAUCCAACGUUAUUUCUUCCUGUUGACCAGAGCUGGACUGAAUCCUCCCCCCCACACAUUUACACUAGUGCCACCCUCCCCCUCCAAUUCACCUGUACGCUCUAGUGCCCCUAGUGUCAGGGAGGCCAGCACACUUCCUGCGCCUUCUCUGUGUAACACCACUGGAAAAAAGACUCAAAUACUGUAUGUUUAUUCAUGGAUGCAUACACACGUGUAUGCAUUUAUGUAUAGGUCUCGCACUCAAUGGGUAACUGGUUGAAAGCGUCUGUCAUUUAUACUGGACAAAGAUAUGCUCUGAUGGCAACCUGACAUAAAACAAUUGCAAAAUACUGAACUUUUUCUUUUUCGUACAGAACAGCUUCAGGCGUCGUAAGAAUUCAAGUUUGUUCUUUUUCCAAGUCUUUAAAUCCAAGAUAUGGUAGGCUGUGUGAAAUUCAUGUCAUUGUAUACUGGACAAAGGUGAAUUGACCUACUCGUUUGUUUUCACAUGGGUUGUGUGUGCGUGUGCGAUUAAACUCUCUCCAUUUAUACUUCUUAGCUUCUCUGUGACUCGAGCUAGAAAUAAAAUUGAGCAUACUUUUGAGCGAGCAUAAUCUCUAGAGGACUUUUAACUCGUUGUAAUCAACAUUUCAUUGAAUGUUUUGCCGUGAACCUUUAUCACCCUCCGCUGACCCGCCACCGUGAAGAUUUCACUGAUUUCAUUUAUUCCCGAUACAUUUAUGGGUGGGGAAAUGCUAUUCUCGGGACAGUCAGAUUUCACCCAAUGGAAAUGCUAAGCAACCGUUUGCUUGUCCGGCCGUGUUUGGAAUUGUUGAAUUUGGUGACUGAUCGAUUUUAAUUUAGAGACUUAAGUAUGGCAUACUAAUCGUAUCAAAUGCACCACAAAUCAUUUUAGACACCAGCAAUGCUUUUAAUUUGUACAUCAGUCCUUAAUUUGAGAUGCAACAAACCAAUAAAAGUUUUUUAAAUAGAAGAUAGGUCAUUCCAUUUGCUAUUAACUUCCUUUUAAAAUCUCCCAGCCGCGUUACUCAUAUCCUCUUACAGUCCACUCAGACAUCUUCGAUAAUUUAGCUUUUGCUUAAUGUUUAUUUUUGUUGUUUGACGUGUUAAAUUCCAUGUCAGGGAACGCUGAUCGGUCCAGUGACUGGGUCUCCUCUCAGAACUAAAUGCUGCUACAAACAUGGUUAAUUAAACCCGGAAAACUGCAACCAGGUCAGUUCUACUCUGGACUUGACUGUCACGUUCAUACCUCACUGUACAACAGCCUAUGAUGGAUUAACUCUUCUCUUACCUGACGAUGUUCAACUGGUCUCAGUGCAGCCUUUGGCAAGAAUGUUUGUUUCUUUCCAAGUGCAGUGUCUGAUUCAUUUAUAGCUGUCUUUCAAGUGUGGUUUUCAAAUAUUUUUUUUUUUUUUUUUUAGUUAUUACUGGUUUUGCUUUCAGCGCUGUGCACAUCAAUGAACAGAAACGUUUGUUUUUCAUAUAUAUAACCAUCUGGACAUGCCACAGGAAUUACUGCAUUGAGUCAGAGCGAUGCAAAACAUGUUCACAGACUGUGGUAGAGAUAUAUAGGUUGUGUGUGUUCUUAGUUUGUGUUUUGUAUACAUUACUCGUUUGGUGCACUGAAUUGAUUUCUUGAGUUGAUGUAUCAUGGACAAAAUUAUUUUGUUGCACCUAAAGAUUAGGUUUUUUUUUUUUUUUUUUUUUUUUUGUAAUAAA